AUGUCCGCGCAGCACCAGCACCCCAAGACCUUUGAGCUAUUGAGUGCGAAGCUCGAUGGACCUAUCAUACCUGAAUCCUUCUCCGCGAACCAACCAAAGACCAUCAGAUUAUACCCUCUAUCAAACUAUACGUUUGGCACGAAAGAGACACAGCCCGAGGAAGAUCCUUCUGUCCUAGCGCGCUUGAAGCGUCUAGAGGAACACUACGAACAGUAUGGAAUGCGACGGACUUGUGAAGGUGUGCUAGUAUGCCACGAACAUAACCAUCCACAUGUCCUCAUGCUACAGAUUGCGAAUGCUUUCUUCAAACUACCCGGUGAUUAUCUACAACAUUCAGAUGACGAGAUUGAAGGAUUCAAGUCGAGGUUAAACGAGAGGCUAGCCCCCGUUGGAUCGCAAUUUACUGGCGAAGGUGUUAAUGAAGAUUGGGAAGUUGGCGACACACUGGCACAAUGGUGGCGGCCAAACUUCGAAACAUUUAUGUACCCCUUCCUACCAGGACACGUAACGCGGCCCAAGGAGUGCAAGAAGUUAUAUUUCCUUCAACUUCCCAAGAAGAAAGUCCUCUCAGUCCCCAAGAACAUGAAACUUCUUGCAGUCCCCCUCUUCGAAUUAUAUGACAACACUGCCCGCUACGGACCUCAGCUCUCGGCAAUUCCUCACUUACUGUCUCGAUAUAACUUUGAGUUCGUAGAUGAGGACGAUAACGUUGUGGCCGUUACUCCUGGCCACCAGGCUAGCAAUGGGGCAGUUCCACGGACCAAAGUAUUGGCCGGUGGUGAAGACGCGGUCAAUGGAGGAGACAUUGGAAUGGAUGAAUUUGCGCCCGGAGACCAGCAAUAA